GGCGGCCGGCGCGCGGGUCCGGGGUCUGGGGCCCGCGCAUCUGGGGCCCGAAGCCGUCUGCCUGGCGUUGCCGGCUCCCCGCGGACCGAGCGCCGGCCUGGGCGGGACGUGGGGCAGGGGCUGAUCUCGACACCGCCCCGCUGGACAUCCCCCCGGGGGCAGAGCCGGCGCCCCUCACCAGGCCGUAUCCGCGCGCCGACCGGCUCCGGGCGUGGCGGCGGUCGGAAAGAGCUGUCUCUGUGUCACUCCUUCCUUGGGGCGCUUUCCGUCUCUGCGGGGAAGGAAAUCCGCUUCUGGACUCAACACUUGCAACAGAUUCUCUGAUAACAUUCUGCCUUCGAAGACCUGCAGCAGCGCCCGCCCCGGCCCUCCGCUGGCUCCAGGAUGACAGCCGGCCCGCCUGCCUAGGCCGUCCUACCUGCCCUGCCUCUGUGCCCAGGUACCCUGCAGGCAGAGCCACGCCCUCCCUGGCCACACACUGGACAUCUUCCCUGCCUGGUCCUACUCAGAUUGUUUUCUGCUGUGCCACAACAGGAACUCCCCUGAUAUGUCACCUUCUGCUUAGGCUCUUAUCCUGCUCCCUCUUCUGUGGCAGUGAUGUCCAUUCUCCUAGCGCAGCUGGCGCCCAAGACCAUCAGCCAUCUCUCAAUCCACCUCUGGCCGCUCCCAUCAUCUGCCCAAGGCCUCCCAGUUGCCAUGCCCUCCGUUGUGCGAUCGUCCUCAUACUCAUCUUUAUGCACUCCAGAUGAAUGUUCUCGAGGCAGGGGCAACGGAAUGAUCCGUUCAUCUCCCAGAACUCACUGAAGCAAACCCUUGUGAAACUUUGGAACGGUGAUGCUGUCCCAGGCCAGAAGCAGCCCGGGCUCGCCUGCACCAUGGACGCCCCAGGCUACAACUGCUUUGUGGACAGAGACAGGAUGGAUGCCGCCAUCCAGGACCUGGGGCCCAAGGAGCUGAGCUGCACCGACGUGCAGGAGCUGAAGCAGCUGGCGCGCCAGGGCUACUGGGCCCGCAGCUACGCCCUGCGGGGAAAGGUGUACCAGCGCCUGAUCCGGGACAUCCCCUGCCGCACGGUCACACCGGACGCCAGUGUGUACAGUGACAUUGUCGGCAAGAUCGUGGGCCAGCACAGCGGCAGCAGCCUGCCCCUGCCCGAGUUCGUGGACAACACACAGGUGCCCAGCUACUGCCUGAACCCGCGGGGCGAGGGUGCCGUGCGGAAGAUCCUGCUGUGCAUCGCCAACCAGUUCCCCGACGUCUCCUUCUGCCCCGCGCUGCCCGCGGUCGUGGCCCUGCUGCUCCACUACAGCAUGGACGAGGCCGAGUGCUUCGAGAAGGCCUGCCGCAUCCUGGCCUGCAACGACCCCAGCAGGAAGCUGAUUGACCAGAGCUUCCUGGCCUUCGAGUCAUCCUGCAUGACGUUUGGGGACCUGGUGAACAAGUACUGCCAGGCGGCCCACAAGCUGAUGGUGGCCGUGUCGGAGGACGUCCUGCAGGUCUACGCGGACUGGCAGCGCUGGCUAUUCGGGGAGCUGCCCCUCAGCUACUUCGCCCGUGUCUUCGACGUCUUCCUGGUGGAGGGUUACAAGGUGCUGUACCGCGUCGCGCUGGCCAUCCUCAAAUUCUUCCACAAGGUGAGAGCCGGGCAGCCCCUGGAGUCGGACAACGUGAAGCAAGACAUCCGCGCCUUCGUCAAGGACAUCGCCAAGACCGUGUCGCCCGAGAAGCUGCUGGAGAAAGCCUUCGCCAUCCGCCUCUUCUCUCGGAAGGAGAUCCAGCUCCUGCAGAUGGCCAACGAGAAGGCUCUGAAGCAGAGGGGCAUCACCGUCAAGCAGAAGAGUGUUUCACUUUCUAAAAGGCAGUUCGUGCACCUGGCCGUCCACGCAGAGAACUUUCACUCGGAGGUUGUCGGUGUGAGGGAGAUGAGGGACAUCUGGUCGUGGGUCCCGGAGCGCUUCGCCCUCUGCCAGCCCCUCCUGCUUUUCUCUUCCCUGCAGCAUGGGUACAGCCUGACCAGGUUCUUUUUCCAUUGUGAAGGACACGAGCCCACAGUCCUGCUCAUCAAGACCACACAAAAGGAGGUGUGCGGGGCUUACCUGUCCACAGACUGGGCUGAGAGGAACAAGUUCGGAGGCAAGCUGGGCUUCUUCGGGACCGGAGAAUGCUUCGUGUUCAGGCUGCAGCCCGAGGUCCAGCGCUACGAGUGGGUGGUCAUCAAACACCCAGAGCUGACCAGACCCGUGUCCUCGGAGAACACCACCAGCCUGCCCUCGCUCUGCCACUCCGCAUCCCCAGAUGCCUCUGACCGACUCUCGCCCUUCCUGGCUGCUCGGCACUUCAACCUGCCCUCCAAGACUGAGUCCUUGUUCAUGGCCGGGGGCAAUGACUGCCUCAUCAUAGGUGGAGGGGGCGGCCAGGCGCUGUACAUCGAUGGGGACCUGAAUCGGGGCCGCACGGGCCACUGCGACACCUUCAACAACCAGCCACUCUGCUCAGAGAACUUCCUCAUCGCUGCUGUGGAGGCCUGGGGCUUCCAGGACCCCGACAUUCAGUGACAGGCGUGAGCUGAGGAGCCUGAAGCUUCGGCGGGCCUCAUUGUGUGUUCACACCGGAGGAGGCUAUCUCAGGAGGGGCGCUCUGGCCUGACCACCAGCCAGCCAGCAGCAGCAUCACGAGGGACCCACGGAGCCUCCUCCGCCCUCCUCCUCUCCAGCUCCAGCCUCCUCAGCUCCUCUGCCGUCCCUGAGGCGGCUCCAUUUCGAUGCAGUGACCUGGGCCCCAGGAUCCCAUGUAGACCCUUCGGAGAGCCCAGCAUGCCAUUUUCUCCGGCCGGACCCACCUCACCUCCGCUGGGCUCCAUGCACCGCGUGCUGGGGCUGCGCCGUCCCCAGCUCCCUGCCUGCCCGGCGCCUCUUGAUGCACCCCUCUGCAUGGCUCGAUCCGCUCGUUCCUCUCACAGGCCCUGGUCGGGCACACAGCGUGGCUGCCUUUGCCCCCACCUCUCCCCCCUGCCACCUGGCCUGACUGCAGGGGCCGGGGACGGCCGGCCAGGGAGCAGCCCUCCCCCAGGACCCCCCCAGCUGGUCCUGAGGGCCUGGCCACCUGAGGGAAGAGAGGCUGACACCCAGGCGGCUGUGCCAGAGAUGCCAGGGGUCCCGCCCUCCGUGCCCCCACACGCCACACCCGCCCUGCACACCUCGCUCCUCUUCCUGUGCUGGGCGCGUUGUCCCACCUACUUGGCUCCGCCUGAGCCAGGCUGCAGCGAGGCAGGGAAGGACCAGGAACCCUGUGUGGCUGCGGGCGAGCGGGCCAUCCAGUCUGGAACUCAGGUUCCCCGACUAUAACGUGGGGUCAGUCCUCCUGCUCUGGGGCCUCGGGGGUGGGGGCACAGCACGAAUCCCUCUGGAGGGAGAGGCGCUGGACAGCGGUGUCACAGCCGACCCCCCCCCCCCCCCCCCCGCCGACCCCUGCAGCCCUUCUGCCCCUCCUCUGAGCCCCACAGCCCUCUGCUCCGCUCUGGCCUUGGUUGAACACAGUCUCACUACCUGAACUCCAGGGUUCCGUGUCUGGUUUCCUUAGCCAGAGGGAUCUCCAGGGGCUCCCCCCGGCUUGCCCCCACAUGGGGUGUAGCCUCCUUUUUGUCAGUGUUCUAUCACGGGGACGCCACAGGCCGUUCAGACACAGCCUCUGACAAGCAGCCAAGAGCGAGGCUGAGCUCAGUGUGCAGGCUCCCUCUGCAAACAUGCCGAACUGAGUAUUCUUUUUCUGGUGAGUAAGUCCAGGGGCUUCUCCACGGCGGCCACAAGAGCCCCAACCUGGCCUUCCCCAGGGCCUGGCCCUCCCCGAGAUCCAGCCCAGGGACGGCACUUGCUGUGUAAUCACGGUUUCUCCAUCAUGGGGGUGUGGGGUGUGUGUGUGUGUGUGCGCGCGUGUGCAAAAUAAUCAGUUUCUUUGAAUUUCAUAGUUUCUUCCUAACUUUCCUGCUAAAUUAAAAGGCAUGUGUGAUUAUUAUCUUUAUUUUUUUAUUAUUGUCUGAUAUUAGGUGUUACCAAAUAGAACAUGAUUUAUUUUGUGAA